CUGGUUUUUGUUACUCAGUAACACCCGUGUCAUUUCACUAUGGCGUAGGGGCUGUAAAAUAACGCGGUGGGAAAAAGCGCGUUCUCUUUGAGAAAAUAGAUUUCUGUUAGGGAUGAUUUCGCGUUUAGUUGAGUAUUAACAUAGAACGGAUGGAGAAAUGUGUGUAAGCGCUUUAGUGAUGCCGACUGGACGCAGACUAUCCGAUUUCAGUAACAUGGACAGGAUCAAACCGUCAAACCUCUUUCAAAUACACCUUUUAUCCUGUUAGUCCGGAGCUGUUUAGGUUGAAAUCAUGUUGACAGGGUCCAAAACCACCUUUAAAGUGAGACAGAUGGUUCCGGACAUGAAGGAGAGGAUGAUGAGCCACAGUAGCCUUCAUGCACGCGGGAGAGAUGUACUCGGCCUCUGCUGUUUGCCAGGAGAGUGUGUGCUACAGCGAGCCGUGCUGGUGAGGAAGAAGCUGUCGGCUAAAGAAGGAGGAGGCUGGUUGUCUGGGACUCUGUUCUGCACUCAUUUCAGAGUUGCCUUCGUGCCUCAGGACAGCCAGAAACCUGACGAUAACGCAGAUCCUGUGAUGCUCGGAGAUCAUGAUGUAUCUCUCGCCUCCAUUGAUAAAGUUGUGGCAGUGGGACCAUCUCGCACCAAACUAGUGACCCCUACCUGCUCUCUUAAAUUCACCCCCGAGGAGUUGGUGUUGUACUGCCGAGACAUGCGUGUCCUCUGCUUCCUGUUUGACAGACUCACGCCUGAUACUCAAGCUGUGGAGAUCACGUACACCAUUGCUAAGACCUACCAACCACUGAAACCUGGGACCAUCCUCUCCUUCCAAAAUGCUGCUUUGGGUAGUAUUGAAAUGAAGCAGUUCCUAAGCAACAGGCGACGUGACCCUAACAUGAACUGGUUCGAGUGUUCGAUGGGAUGGGAGCAGGAGCUGGAGAGGACGGGUGUCAGCGGCUGGAGGGUCAGCUCUGUCAAUGACCGCUUUGAGAUGUCCACCAGUCUGCCCAGAUUCAGUGUGGUUCCUCAGAGGGUCCUGGACACCGAGCUCAAGAAAACAUUUGCCCACUUUAACGAGGGCCGCAUCCCACGCUGGUGCUGGCGGCAUCCGCAUGGCAGUGACUUACUACGAAUGGCCAGCUUCCAAAAUAACAUCUACCAUGAGAAGGACGACAUCAGGAAUCUGGAGUUGGUGCUCUUCGGCGGACAGCAGCUGUGUGUGAUUGUGGAUCUGGGAGAGGAAAUGCCGUCACCUGCAGACAUCCAGCUGGCUCACACGAGACUCCGGACACUUUGUCUGGGCGAUAUUUCAUCAUCUGUAUCAGUACCUGAUGACAAGUGGCUGUCCACUCUGGAAAGCACCCACUGGCUUGACUAUAUUCGGUGCUGUCUGAGAAAAGCUGCAGAGGUGGCAUGUUUGCUCAGAGGAGGUCACAUGACUGUUGUUCUCCAAGAGCCGGAGGAUCGAGACAUGAACUGUGUGGUCUGCAGUCUGGUGCAGGUGAUGUGUGACCCUCACUGCAGGACCGUGGCUGGAUUUCAGGGCCUGGUUCAGAAAGAGUGGAUCACGGCCGGACACAAAUUCCUCAGCCGGAUCAACUAUCACAGAGAAAGUGAUAAAGAGGAGGCCCCUGUGUUCCUGCUGUUUCUUGACUGCGUAUGGCAGCUGUGGGCGCAGUAUCCCGCGCGCUUCCAGCUUACUGAAGACUACCUGCUGGCUCUGCAUGACAGUGUGCACCUUCCACUCUUCAGCAGCAUCCUGGCCAACAGUCAGAGGGAGAGAUGUCGCCGUUCACAGCAUCUUCCCCAGAGCUACACCCCAGUGAACGGUCUGAGGGAGUUGCCCAUGGGUUCCCCAGAGAUGCCGGUAGACCCACCUUUCCCUCCGGUGUGGGACUGGGUCCUGCAGUACAGCGCUCAGAGACGAGCCCGCUUCACCCAACCUGUGUCCCAACCCGCCUGCCCUCCACCUGUCCUCAACGGAAACCUUAACACCAACUUGGAGCGCAGCUGGCACAAUGAUGGACUGCCAGGCUCUGUGUUCCUGUUGUCCCGUAGCACAUUCUCCCAUCCCUCCAACCUGCUCCCCUGGAGGAGCGGAAACUCUGGCUCAUACUGGAAGAGCCACCGCAGGGCUCCUUCAUCUGAGAGUCUGUCUGGACUCGAGCGUCUCAUCCGAGCUUGUUCACUCUCUGAACCCUCAGAGAACCCCUCAAUCCUCCACGACCCGUACGAUCCCCUGCUGCCCCUGCUCUUGGGACCCUGUGUCAGAGUAUGGAGGGGCUGCUAUUUACGGGGCGCACUACACGCUCAGGCUUUCUCUCACCCCAUGUCUUCCAACAGUCAGCAUCCAUUAGAUCAGCUGGCCUGGGAAGUGCAGCAGCUCCGAGAGAAACUGGCUCAGGCUUCUCACAGACGCCCCGAGAACCAGACUAAACGACAGGAGACACGCCGGCUGGAGUCCAACCUCAACCAGAACGCCAACAAUGGGACCUUUCUCUUCUCUUCUUCCUCUAGAACAUCUCAACAGCAGCUGCCGCCGUCCAGCCGAGGUGCGGCCCAUUCCUCUGUCCCUCCCAGAGCCCAACGGACUGCAUCUGAUCCAUCCAGGCCUGCGCAGAGGAAUAACGGCAAGCACACGUUUCUGUUUGGCCACCAAGAGCCGCAAUCAGGCCAGCGUUACAUUCCCUCCCCUAGUGCCAAACUUCCCAAACGCCCCGGAAACUCACACUGAUCUUUAGGAAGGAAAGAAAUGCCCUCCCUGGUGUUUGUGUUACUAAAACAAUUAAAUACGGUACAAGGCAGAAACUAGAAAUCUAUAGCACAGAAAUCUAUGUGCACUUGAAAAAGCACAGAUUGACAUAGACUUUGUUUGUAUAGGUAGCUAAGUAAAGUUUAGCAUUAAAUAGGCUAGCAAAAAAGCAUCAACAAUUUACAUUGAAUUCUUCCUCUGUUGUGUUUUGAUGAGAUAAUUUAACUACAUAAGCUAGUUAACUAAAAAUAAAGAAUCUUAUUUAUUCAUCCUCAUGUUGUUCCAAAUGUAGGCUAUACUACUUCUUCUGAAGUCACGAUUUUGUGUGAAAAUAAAACCAAAUU